GGCCCACCUGUUUCGGCCCGCUCUCGCCGACUAGCCCCGGACAAGCUCAAAGCUGCUAAGGCGGAAUUCGAGCAAAUGCUCGAACUGGGAAUCAUCCGCCCGUCCAAAAGUCUAUGGGCAUCCCCAUUACACAUGGUGCCGAAGAAAUCCGGUGACUGGCGCCCUUGUGGUGACUACAGGGCACUUAACAAAGUUACCGUCCCGGACAAAUUCCCAAUUCCGCACAUGCACGACUUGACCUCAGCUCUAGCUGGCAAGUCUAUCUUCAGCAAAGUCGACUUAGUUCGCGCCUACCAUCAGAUACCUGUGGGGCCAGACGACAUUGCUAAAACAGCAGUCAUCACGCCAUUCGGCCUAUUCGAGUACCUCAGAAUGCCUUUCGGCCUCAGCAACGCUGCCCAAACUUUUCAGCGUUUCAUUCAUGAGGUAACGCGAGGACUCGAAGGCGUUGAUCCCUAUCUAGAUGAUAUUCUUAUCGCCAGCUCUUCUAAUGACGAACAUCUUCGUCACCUCGACGCACUCUUCCAACGCUUGACGCACCAUGGGGUUACCGUCAACCCCGAUAAAUGCGAGCUUGGCCAAAGUUCCAUCGACUUCCUUGGUCACCGCAUACCUGCCUCUGGUAUCGAAGCCCUGCCAGACAAAAUCCAGGCACUGAAGGACUAUCCUGCUCCCAGUUCCUUCAAGCAGUUACGCCGAUUCCUUAGCCUGGUCAACUAUUACAGACGCUUUAUACCUAACUGCGCGAGCAUUGUUCAACCGAUGACUGACUUGCUCCGCGGUAAACAACGCUCUUUUCACUUUCCAGACGACGCUAAAUUGUCUUUCGAGAAGCUCAAAGACGCUAUAUCCAACAUAGCGCUUCUCGCCCAUCCAGACACAUCAGCACCACUCUCCCUGACGACUGACGCAUCCGACACUGCCGUCGGUGCAGUUCUUCAGCAACUCAUCGACCAUCGAUGGAUACCUCUAGGUUUCUUCUCAAAGCGCUUACAACCUGCCGAAUCGCGAUACAGCACCUUCGGUAGGGAACUGUUAGCUAUCUACCUAGGUAUCCGACAUUUCCGUCACUACCUCGAAGGUCGACAUUUCACCGUCUUCACCGACCACAAGCCAUUGAUCUACGCAAUUAAUGGCGCAACGGACAAGUAUUCACCGCGGGAAACUAGACACCUAGACUACGUUUCUCAGUUUACGACAGACGUACGUCAUGUCUCAGGUGCUCUCAAUCCCGUCGCGGAUGCGCUUUCACGCAUUCAACAGAUCAGCUUAUCUCCUGGCGCCAACAUUGAUCUAGCCGCUAUGGCUGCUGCCCAACAAGCUGAUCCCGACAUAAGCAAGCCACGACGCAACACCACUGACACGAUCACCAUUGAUCGACUCAAGCCAGCAUUCUUCGACAAGUCUGACUCGCCGGUGCAACAAGCACCUUCACAGCCUGUGCCAUCACAGCUGGCACCGCAACCUCAGACGAGUCAGUCCGCUCCAGCAGAACCGACAACCACAACCGACAGCACUCCUACCCGCCCUACUCUCAAUCAACGCGGUAGGAAGCUCAAACCUAAGGUUCGUUUUUCGGACUCCGUUCGCACUUACUUUUUUACGUAGAACGUGCCUUAGAAAUAUUCUGCUCUUACUAAACGUUUUUGAAAAUCCACAAAAAAGACCAAAACGUUUUGAAACUACCAAAAAAGAGCAAAACCUUUUGAAAACACCAAAACAGCUUUGCACGUUUUUCGCUUUGCACUCUUUUGUGUAUUGCUAUGCAUUUAUGCUGCUUUUUCAUUUUGCUUUCCAUAUACACCGUCGGUUCGUUGCACCUCGGUUUCUCUUUCCGCUGGAUCCCCGCACGUCAACUGCAAGUGGAAAGAACUUCUGCUCAACUGCCUACGUGAACCUUAUUAACUGUUCCCCCCACAAACAGUUUUUUACCGUUUCGACACCGUAGGGAGGACACGGGUGGGAGCCCGCUAGGGUCCGAUUGCAUGGUUCUCCCCCAGCAGCUGCAUCGGGUUUCACAACCUGGUCUCGCAGAAGGCUGGCCCGCGACGGACAGUCCUCACGUAGAUCGAAGGACUGCUUACACAGUCCCUUCUGGGAGAGGGCUAUGUAGCAGUCUGGAGAUUCCCCGGUUUGCUUGUGUAAAAUUCUAACCAAAAUUCUAUAAUUGUACACUUAGGCAACCGGUGUGGUUUGUUGAACUGAUUGCUGAGUUCGAAUGCUUUACUUGCUCAUCGCCAUUUUUGCUUGGCGCUCGCUUCGGUUGCAACGCGCGACUGCUCUGUGUGCUGUGCUUGAUCCGUUCCCCUAGCUAGAGCGUCCACGGUGUCGUUCAUUUAUAGCUAGCUAACAGGGAAUCUUUUGCUGAACCAAUAAAAGUUUCCCUGCAACUC